CGAGGGUGUGGGUAAGGGCCAAUUAGAAAAACAGUGGAGAGGGUAACAGCGAGGGUUGUGGAGAGUCACACUGAGGGUCAUGACUGGCUAACAGUCAAGGUCAGUAAGAGUGUGGGUGAGAGUAACAGUGAGUUUGUGAAUGAAUGAGUAUCAAUGGGAGUGAGGGGACAGAUUUGAGAGGAGAGGAUAAGUAUUAUAACAUUGAAGAGGAGGGUCAGGUCUGUAACAGAGAGGGUGACGGUAACAAGUUUGUGUGAUCUGACUUGUUGCUUUCUGGACAUAUGAUGUAUCGAGCACAGCUUUGUACUGCUGAUGAAGAGAGGAUAGUCACUGACUUGGAGAAAUGUCACUUUGUUACGGUUUUUCGGGAAUGUGAUUUGGGUCAAAAAGGCUACCUGAGCAGAGAGGAUCUCAAGGUUGCGGUGGUAGCUGCGUUUGGAUAUAAACCUUCAAAGCUUGAGACAGAUAUGAUGAUGGCUGGAGCAGUGGAAAAUAAUUUGCCAGGCCUGCCCCUUGAACAGUUCACAGCUUUGAUGAGCAGGAGGCUGGCAGCUCAAGACCGCUACGACGAGAUACGGCAGAUCUUCUCCGCAUUUGACGCACGCUGUUGUGGUUUUCUGACUUUGGACGACUUUAAGAGGGCAUUUGCAGACGUUACACCCCAUCUACCUGAGCAAACUGUGACCGAAGCUUUCAGGGAAGUGGAUCGAGAUUUGGAUGGCCACGUCAGCUUCAAGGACUUUGAGAUUGUCAUGCGCCAUGAAUGACAAUCUAAUGAAGCCUGGAGUGAGGAAGGAUGUUGCAGAUCUUUCAGCCCCAAGGCCAACAACACUGCUCCCUCAAGAAUGGGGAGUGAUCUGGGAGACAAAGCCAUUGCUAAAUCAGAAAUGUCACCCCAAAUGCAGUUUAUAUAUUUCAUGUUCUCCCUCCAACUGCAGCAGUGAUUCAAUAUUCAAUGUGGUAUUUGUGUACUUCCAGGAACAUGUAGCUUUGUU